AUGGCAGAAUUUGCUGAGAACCUCAAGGAAGAACUGACCUGCCUGGUGUGCGUGGACUACUUCAGCCACCCAGUAACCUUAAACUGUGGCCAUAGCUUUUGCUACCAGUGCCUCCUCAGGAGCCGGGAAGAAACCAACCAAGCCUGCUCCUGUCCUCUGUGUAGGAGGGCCUUCCAGAUAAGAGACUUGGAGCCCAACUGUCGCCUAGGGAAACUGGAACAGGUACAUGCUUGGAGGGAGAGCAUUAGAGUGCAAUAUAAGCAAGUACAUGAAUUUCUGAAGAAUGAGGAAAAGUGGCACCUUUAUAGUUUGGGCAGAGAGGGAAAACCUAAGGAAGUCAUCACAGACCUUGAGCAAAAUAACCAGAAACCGGAUCUCCAGCUUCUUCAGGUGGUAGGGGAUGCAUUGAACAGGAGUGAGUCCCUUCUGAGUCAUCAUCCUGAAGCUGCCGGUACUCAAGUGUCCAUGUCUCAAAUCACUGGAAUAUGGGAAAUGAUGAAACACUUCAGAGGAAUUGUGACACUGGAUCCUGAAAGUGCCUGUCCCUAUCUCAUUGUGUCUAAAGAUAGGAAGACUGUCACUCAUGGAGGAUGUCAGCAGAAUACACCAAUUGCUCUCCACCAAUUUGAAGACAGCAGUAUUUUGGGAGCUCAGGUCUUUACCUUUGGAAUGCACUACUGGGAGGUAGAUGUGGGAGACAGUAGGGAAUGGUCACUUGGUGUAUGUAAGGCAUCAUUGAGUAGGAAUGCAAAUGUUCCACUCGGUCCUGGGGAUGUAUUUCUCCUUACAUGUUUUCUGAAGGGAAAUACCUACUCUGUGAUGACCACACCUUUGCACAUAGAACAUCAAUCAGAUUCCCAUAUACGAAAGGUAGGAAUGUUUCUAGACUAUGAUCAAGGGCAUAUUUCAUUUUAUGACGCCUUGAAGACUAAUUUAAUAUUUCAUUUCCCUCUCUUCCACUUCUCCGAGCCCCUGAAACCUAUGUUUUGUCCUUGUCCCCCCAUGGGAGAGGAGAAUGGGAUUCCAAUGACCAUUAAUCCAUGAACGUUCGUUUCUUUUUUAAAUCAAUUUAUUUUGA